GAGCCAUCAUAAAGUGAAAAAAGAUAAAUGACGCUCAGUGGCUCGGUUUAAGUAGAGUCACGGCCUAAUGUGGUCGGUACUUCCACUACAGACCCCAUUUUGAGACCGUCACUACGUCAGGUUUCAUCCAGUUAUCUAGGAAAGUUUUCUUCCAAAUAGAGUUGACUAAAUGAAACGCUGAGUGACGAUCUCAUUUUCAUCCAUGAAUAGUGCAAGUGGAAGGUUAUCUGAACGAAGAGCUCAAUAAUCCUUAAAGGGAGGCAUCUAGUCAUAAGCUUCUUAGGUCAAGGUUGCAGGGUUCUAGUAUGCUCCAAUUGUAGUACGUCCUGGGGUUUUUUUUCUGUCAGCAAUCGUGAAUGCAGUGGUCAUUCAGUGUACGAUCAAGAGUUGCUUGUUGCUCUGUUUGCCUCUGUGUGCGAACACUAGAGGCAACUAAGCAGACCGCUUUCGGGAUUCGAAGACUAAAAUCGAGCUGUUUAGGGUUGUCCAUGAGGACGGAUGUAUGGAAGCUGCAACUGAGCGUGAUACAAGGCAAACAAAGCUGUCAGUCUUAUUGCUGCAACCUGUGAAUGGAGUAUUCAACUUGGUUAGGGUGAAGAGGAAAUACUUGAAAGUUUACGAGACGGGGCUUCAGCACUAGUCUGUUUUUGUUCACCCACCCUUCUGCAUGCAACAAUUAAAGUGACCAACCUGAUGGCAACACGAAGCGGCCGUUGUUGCAUGAUAGUAUUUUUGUUGUGAGUUUCGUGAUUAUACGCUAGUUGGUAUGCUGUCAGGACAGCCAAGCCUAGACAGGCGGCUUAUCGACUGCUGUUGUCUAGGUUUGGACAAUCUGGCAUUACCUGAACCCUUGUGCUUCCUUCGGGUUGUAUAGCAGCUAUGCACUGAAGGGGUGUUACAGUCGAGCAGUUCUUUUAUUUUCAUUCAUGAUUGAAAUGAUUGCGCUGUUUAGUUUUCUUUCGCAGGAAGUUGCUGAUUUUUGAAUCGGCUGCUGUAUCUGCUAAGAAUGGUUCGAAAGUUAAAGUUUCAUGAGAAGAAGUUAUUGAAAAAGUUUGAUUUCAUCAACUGGGAAUGCGACAACAACUUACAUGAAGUCAAAAUAAUGAAGCGUUUCCACAUUCAACGUCGAGAAGACUACACUCUGUACAAUAAGCUGUCUCGACAAAUCCGGGAUCUGGCAAACAAACUGAAAGAUAUGGAUGAAACCGACCAGUGGAGGGCAGAAAUGACGCAACUUCUGGCGGCCAAACUACACAACUUAGGAUUGAUUCCAACAAAACGAAGUCUUAUGCUUGUCUCCAAAGUAAACGCAUCGUCAUUCUGCAGACGACGUCUACCUGUCAUACUGAUGCGUUCACAUAUGGCAGAGACCAUGAAAGCAGCCGUCACAUUUGUUGAACAGGGGCAUGUUCGUGUUGGUCCGGAUAUUGUGCGAGAUCCGUCAUUUUUGGUUACCCGGGCGAUGGAAGACUAUAUUACUUGGGCGCCUCGGUCAAAAAUUCGUCAACGUAUCGAGGAAUACAAUUCUAUGCGUGAUGAUUACAACGAUGUUUGAUGAUACGUACAUUUGAAUAAUUCACCCUGUUUACGACACUUCCUCUCAUCCGUUUCCCUUGUGUACAUAACCCAAAAUAAACGAAGAGAGAAA